UCUCUGCCUGCUCGGGAUGACUAACGGGCUCUGGGAUGACACGUGAAAUUUACUGGAAACCACGUCAGUUGACGUCCUGAAAUCUAGGCGUCUGUUUCACUUCUCUUUUCCUUUACCUUAAGCUCUUUCGGCAGAGGACCGAGCAUUUUAAUGGCUUAUUUUUUUUUGGGACUGGUUGUCGAAGACAUGAGGAGCACUAUGGAUGAAAGUCACAGCAGCUCCGACCCGGACCAAAGUGCGCCUAAGAAGUCUUCAGCAGCUGCAACAGCGUCAGCCUCAUCUCUCAAGGCAGAUGUCCUGGAGGAGAUCUUCCUAAAUGUUCCUGUCUGUCAGGUGAUUUGUGUUUGUCAAUUAGUAUGCCAUCAGUGGAAGGAAGUGACCGACAGCGAAUCUUUGUGGAGAAAAAUGUGCAGAAGAGAAGGGUAUCCCAUCUGUAGUUUUUCAAAAAAACAGGACUGGAAGUUGUUUUAUUUCUUAUCCAAACAGAAAAGAAAUCUCUUCAAGAAUCCAAAUGGAGAAGAAGGACUGAAUGGCUGGAAGAUCUUGAGAAAUGGUGGUGAUCAGUGGGUUGCUGGGGGAAUUAGGAGACCACAUCCAGGUGAAGCAGUCAAAACAAACUUUGCAACCUCUUUUGAAAUGUGCACAAAGUCCCAGCUGAUUGAGUUGGAGAAGGAGGGUUACAGUCCAUCUCUUAUGGAUUACGCCCAACCAGACAUCAAGAUAUCUGAUUGAUUACCCAUGUAUUCCAUAAAUAUGGCCCUGGAGUGAGAUACAUUCGAUUUACCCAUGGAGGGAAGGAUUUCAAGUGGUGGAAAGGACAUUAUGGAAUUCAUAUUACUGGCAGCAGUGUUGAAGUACUUCCAACAUGGA